AUGGCUCCGAAAUCCGCCAAAGGCGACAAAAAGUCGCAAUCAGCAGCUGCUGAAACUGAUAAAACUGCUGCUGAAGAAACUGUAAAAUCGAAAUCUGCUGAAUUGACUGCUGAGUCUGAUACUAAAUCCAAGGAUGAAUCGACUGAGUCGAAAGACACUGACGCAGAUGUGGCUGGAUCUGGCGGUUCUGAUUCAAAUGCCAAUGCCAAAUCUGAUGCGGAUAUCUCAUCUGCUACUGCUGCUACUACAACAACUGCUACUUCUACAACUGGUGCUACUGAAGGUGAUGGUGAAGGGGAGGAUGGGAAACCCCCUGCUAAACCAGCCAGACCGAUGUCUCCUCAUGCCGAGGCUCAAGCUACUCUGGAAGAGGCAUUCCCUGGUGUGGAAAAGUCAGUGAUUCGUGCCGUGUUGAUUGCUUCACAAUAUAAACUGGAUCCUGCUUUUAAUGCGUUGUUAGCUAUGAAUGACCCUGAUUUUAAGCCUGAAGACUCGUUUCCCGUGGAAACUGACGAGCCCAGUGCUGCCAGGCCACGCGGUCCGGAUCCUAAACAACUGGCUGAAGACGAGGCUCUAGCAAGAAAGUUGGCUGCUGAAUAUAACCGGUCAGCAGGAAGCCGUCAACCACCCCCUCCUCCUCUUAGAAGAACGUCUACGGCUAAUUCUGGAGAUUAUAACUCGUCAAGUCGAGUUCGUCAGUCUACUUCGAGCUACUCGGGUCGGUACGACGAACCACGACCAGUCGAGAAUGAAAGAUCGUUUUUUGACGACGACCUUCCUGAAAUCAAAGCUACUUUUGAAAAGGGAUUCAACGAGACCAAGACUAAAGUGUCGAAUUGGAUGAACAAUUUCCGUAAGAAGAUUGAUGGUGAGGGUGGUCAACCCGGUAUUUUUGGUGCUCUUGGCGGCACGGGCAAUUCCCCUCGUUCGUCUUAUGAUAACCAGUAUUCCUACCGACGAACCAGCAAUGAUGAAUACGACAAUAGACAGCCUCCUCCACGACCUGCCAGAUACAAUAAUGGCAAUCGACGAGUUUAUGACCGAGAUCCCGACGAAAUCAACGACGAUUUCCAAGGAGUCACCCUGCAAGACGAUGUCGACGAAGCUGCACCGCCCAAACCACCCCGUCCUUCUGGAGAGUCUGGUCGUACUGGCUCUGCCAAUUCAACUACCGCUACCACCACUGUCAAAAAGACCACCACCAGUACCUCUACCGGAACCAAAGGAGCGUCUGAAGACAGUUCUAAACCCCCCACCACACGUCCUCGAGCCGUUUCCGCACUUGGAGACGACGACCCCGAAGAAAUCACGAAAUCGUUUGCACCACCACCCCUCUCAGCAGCCAAACUGUCCUCAGGCACCUCAGGAGCCACUGCCAAAUGGGAGCCUCUCAAAGCAGUCGCCCCCGAACCCGAGUCCGACAAAGACGCCUUCUUCAUCGGCGACUCUGACGAAGACGACGACGACGACGAGCCCCUGGCCACCCUCAAGAAAUAG